AUGGCUACAAUACGUUCAUUAUUCAAACGUAAUGUUGCCCAAAAUUCAUCAAACAAUAAUGAAUUAAAUGUUAGACCUACAAAUAAUACAUCCAGCGACAUACUAUCGACAAACACAUCGGAACGUUUAAAUAAUCGACUAACUGACGGUUACAUAAGUGCUUCCACAUUGGGUGGUUCACCAGAUAAUAAUGUCGAUUCACUACGACAUCCUUUAUUUAAUAUUUCUUCAGCAAAACCUCACCGACGAUUCCUUUCAUGUUUAAUCAAAAAUUCAACAACAAUGUAUAAACAAGACGACGAACAGGUCAAUGAUGAAAAUAUAUGUAUACUUGAUACAAAACUACCGAAAGAACUCAUUUUCAGAAUCUUUUCAUUUUUGGAUUAUCAAUCACUUUGUCGAUGUGCACAAGUAUCAAAGUAUUGGAAUACACUUGCAUUAGAUGGUUCAAAUUGGCAAAGUAUUAAUUUGAAAAAUUUUCAACGUGAUAUUAAUGGAACGGUCCUUGAAAAUUUAAGUAUACGAUGUGGAAAAUUUUUGAAAAGGCUAAAUAUUGAAAAUUGUAAAUGUAUUACUGAUCAUAAUAUGGGUAUUGUUGCAAGUCAUUGUCAAAAUUUGGAACGAUUAACUGUUAAACAUUGUGGCAAACUAACCAAUACUACUCUCUUUUAUUUGAGUAAAAAUUGUGCUUACUUAAAACAUAUUAAUAUUUCAUCAUGCCAUCAUAUCGAUGAUCAAGGAGUUAAGACGAUUAGUACCAGCUGUUCUCAUUUGGAAUCGUGGGAUAUAUCAUGGUGUAUGCAUAUAACAGAGAAUGGUGUUCGAAUUUUGGGCGAAUCCUGUCCAAAAUUAACGACGUUUAAAGCUGAAGGAUGUACUUAUAUGACAAAUUAUGCAGCUAUUCAGCUAGGAAAACAUUGUUCAAAAUUAUUAUUUCUUGAUUUGAAUCGAUGUUCGUCUUUAACAGAUGAUGGUCUUAUAGGUUUAACUCAAUAUUGUCUAUUACUUGAAACAUUAAUUAUUGCUAACUGUACGAGCUUAACAGAUAAUACAUUAAUAGCACUUGGGAAACAUUGUCAUCAGUUGAAAAAACUUGAUGCAACAUUAUGUUCACAAUUUAGUGAUGUAGGAUUUUUAGCACUAGCUCAAGGUUGUCAUUUAUUACAGCGAAUUGAUUUGGAAGAUUGUACAACUGUAACCGAUGAAACAAUGAGACAUUUGGCUGACAAUUGUCCAAACAUUCAAAAUCUCACUCUUUCUCGAUGUGAACAAAUAACAGAUGAUGGCGUUCGUUAUAUUGGUUCAAGUGUGAAUGCUCAAGAUAAUCUUCGAGUAAUUGAAUUAGACAAUUGUCCAUCACUAACAGAUAUAUCCAUCAAUCAUUUACUUGCUUGCCAAAAUUUGCAACGUUUAGAUAUAUUUGAUUGUCAACAAAUAACAAGAAAUGCCGUUAAAAGAAUUCAGAUACGUUUUCCGAAUUUAAAAAUUCAUGCUUAUUUUUCUCCUCGAACACCAACACCUACACCUCAUGCAACAACAUCAUGUUCAGCUUGCAUACCUUCUUGUUGUUCAAUCGCCUGA